AUGUCCAAAGCAACAACAAUUAAGGAGGCUCUGAAGCGCUGGGAGGACCGUGAGCAGCAGAAUUCCCUCACCGCCAAGGACAUUGACUUGCAGUUCCAGUGGCCGCCCAUCGAGAAAAUGGACGCCACCCUGGGCACCCUGGUGCAGUGCGAGCGCAUUAGCAUGUCCACGAAUAUGAUUGAGAAGAUCUUUGGUUUGUCCGGGAUGAAGUGCCUCAAAGUGUUGUCGCUGUCCCGCAAUUAUAUCAAGCAAAUAUCGGGUCUGGAAGCCGUGGCCGAGACCCUGGAGGAGCUCUGGCUCAGCUACAAUCUGAUAGAGAAAAUCAAGGGUCUCACCACGCUCAAGUGCCUGAAGGUGCUCUAUAUAAGCAACAAUUUGAUCAAGGAUUGGUCCGAGUUCAAUCGCCUGGCCGAAAUAGAGUCGCUGGAGGAUCUGGUUGUCGUGGGCAAUCCCCUCUCCGAGGGUCUGGACGAUCCCUCGUGGCGGGCGGAGUGCAUCAAACGACUGCCUACCAUACGGAAACUGGAUGGCGAGCCCGUCGUCAACGAGGAGCCCCAGCUAUAAUG